UGUGUCAACGGGAAGUGCGUUAACAGUGAAAGACAGCAAGCUGAAUCCUUGGAAGAGAAGAGAAGAGGCCAAAAGACUCUUUCUUCUUCUCUUUGUUUCUAAUUUAAAUCAGCGCCCUAAUUCCUUUAAAUCCCAACAUCCCUGUAGAGAGAGAGAAGAAAAAAUCCUAUAGAAUCUGGAGUCACGCUCACUCACACACAAAGUCUAGAGAAAGAAACCUAUGACAGCUAAGGGAAUGUGGCCUCAAGGAGACGAUCUAAGCCCCCUAUCUUCCUUUUUCUAUUGUUUCCUUUCCCUUUUUGGUUUCUCUAAUUCUCUCUUCUUUUUACACUUUUCAAUUUCCACUCGUUUACUGUUUUUUUUACCUCAAUUUGCUACAUUUGGGUUUUAAAAGUCGAGAUCGGCACCGAAAAGCUCCCCUAGUGUUGCUUUUGCUGGUCAGGACUUGCAUUUUCAAAAAAAUUUACGAUAAAUCUCUUGGGGUUUUGUGUGUGAAUUGUCCCUUCUGAUGUUUUAUUUUCAAACAUUGAACCCAAAACCCGCGAAUUUUUCAUCUGGGCCCCCUUUCUUGUACUCCAUUUCAUCGAUUUUCCUUCCUUCUGAUGUUGUUUUCUUUAUAUGUUGCUCCAAUUGCUUUAGAUUUCGCCUGAAAAUUUGACAUCUUUGCUUUAGUUUUUCUGUCAGUUGAGCUCAUUUUUGUAAGCCUUGAAUUUGAGGAUAAAAGGUUGGUUAUUUUAACUGUGGAGGCGGAAACUGAAGAAUUCAUACAAAUGGCAGAUAGGUAUAGGUUGGUUUCGAUUGAGGAAUUGCCAUCACAUUUGAUUUUGGAGAUAAUGACAGCAGGCAGGCUUAGUGCCAUUGAUCUUGUUUGUUUAGAGUUGACUUCUAAGACCUUUGGAGGGAGCCAUGGGUUAUACCCUCACAAAUUCAAGUCAAUGGUAGAUUAUGCAGCAUUUCAGCUGUGCGUGUCACAUGGCGUUUAUAAUGGGAUGGCAUGGAAUGCCCAGAAAGAAUUGUUUGAUAGGUGUGGAGGCAAUUGGAAGCGAGUCUUGAGGUUCUUGCAGGCUGUGGAGGAAUCAUCUGGCAUGGUCGAGACUUCAGCAGGCAAUCAGAUGCAGAUUACAACUGGAAGGUACCACACGUUGCUGAUCAGCAAUUCAUCUGUGUAUUCAUGUGGUUCUGGAUUGUGUGGUGUUCUUGGCCAUGGUCCUGAAACAACACAAUGUGUAGCAUUCACCAGGAUUAGUUUCCCACCUUUGGCUCAUGUGGUUCAAGUCUCAGCCUCCCACAAUCAUGCUGCAUUUGUUUUGGAGUCUGGAAAGGUUUUCACAUGUGGAGAUAAUUCAUCAUUUUGCUGUGGUCACCGAGAUAUGAGCCGCCCCAUAUUUAGGCCUAGGCUUGUUGAGGCAUUGAAGGGAGUUCCUUGCAAGCAGGUUGCUGCGGGACUUAACUUUACUGUAUUCCUCACAAGACAAGGUCAUGUCUAUAGUUGUGGGACCAACACACAUGGGCAGCUUGGUCAUGGUGACACAGUGGAUAGACCAACACCCAAAAUCAUUGAAUCUUUUGAAGGAGUCGGCUCUGUUAUUCAGAUAGCAGCUGGUCCCAGUUAUGUCUUGGCUGUAACUGAUAAUGGAGCAGUUUACUCCUUUGGUUCUGGUUCUAAUUUCUGUCUUGGUCAUGGAGAGCAGCAUAAUGAGUUCUUGCCUCGUGUAAUCCAGACUUUUAGAAGAAAGGGCAUUCAUGUGGUUCGUGUGUCAGCUGGAGAUGAACAUGCCGUGGCACUUGAUUCCAGUGGAUUUGUAUAUACGUGGGGAAAAGGUUAUUGUGGUGCAUUGGGCCAUGGAGAUGAGAUUGAUAAGACUCUUCCAGAACCCUUGAACAGCCUCAAGAGCUACGUUGCUGUGCAGGUUUGUGCAAGAAAAAGGAAAACAUUUGUUCUGGUUGAUAGUGGUCAUGUUUAUGGCUUUGGUUGGAUGGGGUUUGGUAGCCUUGGUUUUCCUGAUAGGGGAGUAUCUGACAAAGUGAUGAGACCUCGAAUCCUUGAUAGCUUAAGAGCGUAUCGUGUUUCUCAGAUCAGCACAGGUCUGUAUCACACUGUUGCAGUCACUAGCCAGGGGCGGAUAUUUGGAUUCGGAGACAAUGAAAGAGCACAACUUGGGCAUGACACAUUGAGAGGAUGUCUUGAACCAACUGAAAUUUUUGUUCCUGAAUUGAAGGCUGAUACAUGUCUCGCUUCUGAAAGUGAAUGACUCCUGUCAAGAAUCUGUCAUUUGCUUUCUGGAUGCUAUUAGUUUAAAUGUUUCCGUGUAUGAAUUGAACACCAAUUGAUAUUAUUUUCUUGUUCAAGAAUUACAUAAAAUGUGACAUGAGUACAGGAUUCGAUAUUUUAUUGAAGGACUAAUACUUCGUACUUUGAUUGUGUUGCGAAGAUAUUGGGAUACGUAUGGCUGAAGUUCUACUAUUUUCUUGUUUCGGCUUUUUAUUGUGUCAAUAUAUAUUUGCUGCCUUUUGAUCUA